AUGACCCGACGGCUUACGACUCUCUUACUUCUAAGCGUAUUUAUUAUUAAUCAGAUUACAGCAUCUCUCUAUUGGGAUGAGUUUGAAGCCUGUAAAAAGGAUGAGGACUUCGGUAACAAAAGCCUCGUAUGUGAUCCUUCCCAUCGACUCGCUGCGUCAACACGUAAGAAGCUCACAGAUAUGUUGACAAGCUUGCAAACUAAAAUAGGAUGUGAGUGUAUAGAUGGAUGUCGUCGUGAUGAUGGGCGUGAUGGUUUCAUCGGAGUCCUUCAUGUCUCAACUUCUAAAAACUCGGAAAACUUGGAAGAGGAUGUUCGUGAAGAAUAUGCCAACUUGAAAUUGGGCAAUGCUAGCUGUGAUCAUGGUCUUGUGCUUGUAUAUAUGAAAGACACUCAGAAGCUAGCAACCUACAGAGGAGGUAGAACCUUUGUUUCUUUGACUGACGAAGACAUGCAGAAGCUACAUACAUUAGCUGCGAAGGGACCAAGCGAGAACGAUGCAUUAGCCUUACAGUUCUUACUUAGUAACUACAAAGAUGUUAUUGAGAAUCCUGUUCAACGAUCAGAGACUUGGGUGCCUCUUCUUGGCUUAAUUGCUGCUGUUCUGAUCGUUCUCAUCAUCCUCGGAAUUCUGCUUGCUGUUCUUCUUGCAAGGUUCUGCUGCUGUUGCGUCAAGAGAAAGAAGGAUGUCUAUCACGUGAAUACUCUUCCUUCUUAUAAGACUAUCGAACCUCUCUACGUUGUGACUCCAACAGGUAUGCCUCCUCCUAGAGCUUUAUCUGAUGCUAUCUACUCAACUCCAUACUCAGGUAGUCCAUUGCCUUUCCCUCCUCCACCAGGUAGUGCUGUUCCCCUCACUCCAUCUUCAGCUGGAGCACACCGUAUUCGUGGAGACCACGAAACUCCUAUCGGAAAACGUCACCAUGAGGCCAUUCGUAGUGAACCAGGAUCAUUGCGUCGCAUUGGAGACACCGAUAACUAUGCCAUGCCACCACCAGGCCCAGAUGUUCAAUCACACAUCUACGGAACCAUUCCUCGAGCCACACUGUCACCAAGAGCUCACAUGUCUCCCAAGGAGUUAGAAGACCUGCAAUGGCUUGAUCCCAAAAGAAAACAAGAAACUCAAACUAGAGAAGAGUUAAUAUACUGA